UGGCGCCAUCAGUAUUGGUUGUGCUGUGGCUGGAAGUUACUGUGCGGCGGCGACUAAGAAGGCGGCUGUGGUGGCGGCGGCAGUGGCUGAGGCGGUGGCUGAGGCGGCGACGGAGGAAACAGAAGAUGGCAGAUUUUUUGAAAGGUUUGCCUGUCUACAACAAAAGCAACUUUAGUAGAUUUCAUGCUGACUCCGUGUGCAAAGCUUCGAACCGACGUCCCUCAGUCUACCUGCCCACUCGAGAGUACCCGUCUGAACAGAUCAUUGUGACAGAAAAGACAAACAUCCUUCUGCGCUACCUACAUCAGCAAUGGGACAAAAAAAAUGCUGCCAAGAAGAGAGACCAGGAGCAAGUGGAGCUUGAAGGCGAGAGCUCAGCACCGCCCCGAAAGGUGGCUCGGACCGACAGCCCAGACAUGCACGAGGACACUUAAGACUCACUCCCUACGGGGGCCUCUACCCUGUCUGCUCACCUGCCCACCUGCCCACGUGUGUAAGCGCCCCGCCCACCUCCCCGCCGGCCCCCGCACACCCACCGUCCACAUCACUUCCAACCUCAUAGGAGCCGAUGUAUUUAUUUUCCUUGAGUUUUUAUUUAUGCUGUAACAUGUAUCAAGCGUUGGUUAAAGGGGAUGUCAGGCCCAGUAGUGUGAUGUUGGUAGAUGCUUUUCAAAGAAAACAAUAACAUUGUUCCUCACCGCCCCCCAUCACUCACCCCCUCCUGCCCCCCUGUUCUCCUCCAGAGAACCAGAGUGUGUCUGUGAGGGUCUCGCGCUGGGGGCUGUGCUGCAGCCGGGCAGCAGGGUUGGGGGCCGGGGGACCCGGCUCACCUGGACAGCUGAGCAGCCUUCUACCCCCACCCACCGGUUCAGGCCUCUGAGACUCGGCCUUGUCUCACGCUCCACCAGGAACUAUUCCGUGCCCAGACCUCACUCUGAGUGUGUGUGCGGGGAGCAUCGGCCUUUCCGGAUCUUUCUCCUAAGUCAUUUUAUCAUGGACUAGUGCGUGCUCCGUGUCCACCCCAAUAAAAGGAUCUUUCCUACUCGA